UUAUAUAUCGGGGGCGCCGAACGCGAGCGAGCGAGCGAACGAACGAACGAACCAACUGAAGAAUCUCCUGCCUACCUACGCGGGGCGAGAUGUGCGAUCGCCUCUCGUUGCCACGUCGAGCCAAUUAUAUAUCGCCAAUUCCGGGCGGCUUUAAAGUCGCGUUCUCCGCGGCGACCCAAUUCGCCGAAACAUAAAGAUGGGGAAUAAACGAAAAUAAUACUAACCUCGUAAGCGGGCACGGUCGUUGCACGCGCAGCGCUCGGGCUCCUCGGCGGCGGCGGCGGCUUCGUCAUCCCGGGGGGGAAAUCGCGGCCGAGAUCGCGAGGACGAUUGCGAGACCGAUUUCGCGAUCGGCAACGCGCGAGAGAGACCGGCGCGAUUUCGCGGCGGAGUGUGUCGUUGACGCUGCGGUGCGACGCGAGUGCGCAUCCUUUUGCGAACGAUAGAUCGGCGUCGCUGUGAAGUUGACCGCUGUUCGCCGCGUCGAUAUAUAACGUGUGUCCGCCGACUCGCGAUUGGCUGGGGAGAAGAGGAAUUGCCGAAAGUGAAAUAGUCGGCGGCGCGUUGUGAAAUUGGCGACUCGAAAAUUGCGGUCUAUUGAAAUAAAGGAGGGAUGGUCGAAAGAAAGAAAUUUAGCGAGAAUUGCAACAACUGACGUACGCUGCGCAGAACGAAUCGUGUUCUUGACGGAUCUCGACGAUCGAGUGCGACGGAUCUGAAGGAUUAUGCGAGCACUGGACAGCAAAGAGCGACAGCUAACUCGAAUUAAUUUGCGCGAAUUGCGCCAAGUUUACCGGCGAUUCGACGCAAAAAGGCUCGAUCUACGCUUAUUCAAGAUCGAGCGUUGAAAUUCGCGGCAGAGCGAGGCGAGCGAACGUGCGAUAGCGGCAACUUCAUAGCGACGCGCGGGACACCGACGAGUCUUCCGACGAGAAGCGUGAGAAGCGCAGAGCUUCCUCCGCAAAAGUGACGCGGGUAAACAGAACGGAUUCACGGGGCAGCGGCGAGAGAUCGACGAGCGGCGACAAUGGGGGUGAAGAAAUUCAUCAUGAAGAGGAUUCCCUUCUUCAAGAUGAAGGCGAAGCGGAAGUACCAUGGCACAAACGGGACGGCGCCGGCCCCGGUGCAAAAUGCAGUCCAGACAGACCAGCCGGCAGAUUCCGACAACGCUAGCGUCGGAAGUGGUAAUUCGAAUCUUAGCACUGGCGCGCUUCAGAAUAUCAGAGAACAAAUGGCUGCAUCUCUGGAACGAAUGAAAGAGCUGGAGGAACAGGUCAAGGCGAUUCCCAUGCUGCAGGUGCAGGUCUCGGUAUUGAAAGAGGAGAAGCGCAAUCUCCUACGGCAAAUGGACGAGCUGAAUAAAACGAAUUCCUACAAUGACACCCUACAGAGGCAUCGCAGCCAGUCAUUCUCGGAACAACGCGCCAUCACCCUGCGAAACCUGAAGAACUCUGGAAGCGUGCCUACCAGGGACAUGGGCACUAUGUGCGGCGUAAUGACAAGGGACGUUGGGGUAUCGUACCAGCCGGUUCGAACAAGGGACGUCGGUAUGAUAACAAGCACGCCGAUCAAGCCAUCGCUGCAGAAAAGUCAUCUGCGAAUCGAGGAGAUUGUGCCCGAGAUCCAGGAUCAGAGCGCCGUGCUGGCAGACGAGACACCGACGGACCUCUCGAACUUUUCCAACUCCCAGCAUCGUAGUUGGAAAUCGAGUUUGACCCGCAGUCAACUGAUGCUGGAGGAAAUCCUGCCGGAAGUACGAUGGAGGCCGCUGACGAAAACUCUGCUUCAAGUAGAAUCGAUACCGCCCGGCGAAAAGGAUUCGAUCAAUCGCAAAAUCAUGAAGAAGACGCGGGACUUCGGUAUCAAUACGGAGAACAAAUCCAGGAGCCUUCAGUGCAGUCAUUUCCUAAUCGAGGAUAUUGCGCCGGAAGCGAAAAAGGAAAUCAAGAAGCGUUCCUGCGGCACAAUAACGAGAUUGGGUAUGAACAACGUCCUGACGCACGCGGAUGCUGAGUUGCUCGUGGAGCGCGCCUUGAAAAAUUACAAGAACAGCCUGGUGAAGGACACUUCCUCCAAGAGCGUUCAGUGCAGUCCAGACAUGCCUAGAGUCGUCGAAAAGAAGGAUCAGAUGGUCCAGGUGACAGAACAGUUCAAAAUGCGUUCACACGUCGGUGUAACCGCCAAGCCGACGACAUCGGAGGUCGGAAUCGAGGUCAGAUUCGGUUCUUCUACCAGGAGCGUGUGCGUCGGACCGGAUCCAGUAGCGGUGCAACCGCCGGUAUCGUUGAACUCGAUGAACUCGAGGAGUCACUCGUUUAAUUACGGCGAUACGCGAACGAAGACCAAACCCAGCAAGUCGGUAGCGGUGAUGGUGGAAGACCUGGUGAGAACCAUUAAUCGCGGCACCGAAACCACUGGUUUCACGCCAAAGUGUCGGGAUUUCGGCACCUCGACGAUGAAGAAGACGUUCGUCGACGUGUCGGUCGGCGAGUCGGUGAGGCCACAUAUCUCGAUCUCCUGCGCGGCGAAUUACUGCGACAACUGCAAGGAGACGAUCAAAAGUCUGGCGAAACAGAUCGCGAACAAUGCGGAGAACAGCCUGAAUCAUCAGAACAGCAAUAUGGCAUCCAGGAUCCCGAGGCCGUCCCAUAUUCCCCUGAAUACCAGCGAUCACAGAAGGCAGUUCAAGCGCCAAGACACCUAUACGAAAAUACCAGCCGCCGGUGUGAUAAGAUACGACACGGAUAAUAAAGAACAGUACGACAGCAGCAAUCGCAUUCAACAAUUGCAAUCCGAGAAAAUCAAGGAUGAAAAGAUUGCGUCAGAAGAGGUGCGUAACAUGGAGAAGGAGGCGGAUAACGAGAAGUCCGAGCUGCCGGAGUCGGCUCUGUUUCAACCAAUACAAGAUAAGCCGAGGAAAAAGGUCGAGCCCACGAAAGAGAUGCAAGCCGCCAUGAAGGUGCUCAACGACAGUAUCAAGAAGUCCCCUAGCAGAAAUAUCUCCCAUCAGCUCAAGAACGCUACCAAUAUCAUACAGCCAGAAUGGUUCAAAAUAUCCAGCACAUCUAGCGCGAAUCCGUUAGAUGUCGAGGAUUAUCUGGACCGUUUCGAGGAGUGCUCCAGCACGCUGCUGGAGUACAUCGUCAACAUGACGGACACCAGUGGAAACACAGCGAUGCACUACGCGGUCUCCCACGGCAAUUUCGACGUGGUGUCUAUAUUGCUAGACUCGAAGGUCUGCGACAUUAACAAGGCGAACGUGGCUGGUUACACGGCUGUGAUGUUAGCUGCUCUGGCGGAGGUCAGAAAUUCCACGCACGCCUCGGUAGCGAAUAGACUGUUCCAGCUCGCCGACGUCAACAUCCGAGCAAAAUUGCAUGGGCAAACUGCACUGAUGUUGGCGGUAUCGCACGGACGUAAGGAUAUGACGCAACUGCUCCUGGACGCUGGAGCUGCGGUUAAUAUCCAGGACGAAGACGGUAGCACCGCGCUGAUGUGCGCCGCGGAACACGGCCACACCGACAUCGUGAGAUUGCUCCUCGCGCAUCCGGACUGCGACCCAGCUAUCGUCGACGUGGACGGCAGCUCGGCCCUGAAGAUCGCCCUAGAGGCGGGUAACCGGGAUAUCGGGGUGUUGCUUUACGCUCACGAGCACGUUAAUCGGGGCAUCAGCCCGUAUUCGACUCUGAGGCGAAGCAGAAGGGGUUCCAAGCCGACAACGCCCACCGGACCGUCUCCGUCGGCUCCAGUUAGUCCGGCGCCAUCGCGACGCCUUCAUUCGUCCAGCGUUUCUCUGAACACAUCAAAAUAUUCCAAAUAAUUCCGAUAAUAGAUCCUUCAUACGAUUCUCUUAUAGGUUCAUCCAUCAUGAUUUUUCUCUUCACACGUUGUUUCGAAUGUAAUAGCAAUUGGCAAACGAGUCACAGUAUAACUGGAACUUUAUAUUUAAGUAUAACUUUUCUUUGAUACGACCUUUUUAUAUUCUUCUAUAAGUUACAGUUGUAUCUAUGAUGUAUAUUCUUAUAUUCAUCACACCGAUUGCGAGAACAUACGACGAUACAUUAGAGUCCUCUUGCCUAACGAUCGAUUUGUUUCGAUGGAACUGUAUUGUAUAAUUUAAGAAGUCAAGAACGAUGCUCAACACUGUAUAUAUCUAUUCAGGGUAACGUUGGAAAAAUCUUGUAGUUUAGUUUUGUAGUGUAAUCUCUAGAAGUAGUCCAUCGUAGGUGCUGUCAGAUAUUUUGACGAAUCUUUCGUAAAUCCUUCGUAAAUUUUAUACGAUUUUGAUCGUAGCGCACCCUCGGGGAAUACGAUUUUUCUCUUAGACGGGGUGUGAAAGUACAAAGUAUCUAACAUCCAUGACUAUACAAUCCACAGUAAACAAUCGGUCGAUCUUUUUGUGCGCGUCUCUUUUUGUGACUCUGUGGCAUUGAACAUUCCAAAACGAACGAUCAUCGAUCCGAAUUUCUUACGGUAGAAAUUUAUACUGUAUUUCCAAAAUUUCAGGCCUAAUCUCAAAUUAGGGAUCAAAUCAUCAGUAUCGUGUGUGUAUACAUGUAUACAUGCGAUAGACAUAGAGAAACGUAGCAAUAUAUGUAAUGAAUGUAUAUGUUAUAACAGUGUGAGAGUUUUACGAUUCAAUUAUUUACGGCGUUUUCACGCGCGAACGACAUCAAACGUACUUAUCACUGUUCUAUGUUGAGAUAGAGAUGUUAGAUGAUGAAAAAAAUGUAUAAAACCAGUAUAUCUAGUUGUGAAACGUGCGAGCGUCGAAAGACUUACGAGAGAAAUUAUGUUUUGGGACUUGUUAACGAUUUUCAUAUCUCGAAAAUUUUAUACGCGAUCAUAUCGAAGUGUUAACAUGUAUUUAUUUAACCGAACGAAUUGUCAACACGUGCAUUAAGAAUCGCGUUCCAUUUACGUGAAGAAGGAAUAAAUACAUUGAACGGUUUUCUUAUAAGGUUGUGAAUAGAUAGAGUUAUAAUUAAAUUAUUUAAGUUCGAGAGAGGUCAAAGAUCCAUAGUUUAAUGUUAUCGUAAGUGUUUCUCCGUCUCCGAGAGUAAUUCUAUGACGAUUGUUGGAGUAAGACAUAAUUGUCUAUAUCGAACGUGUAGGCAAUGUAUGAACACAUUGAUGCCGUAGGAAUCUAGAAAGUAGAAAAGUACUCCUUAUUGUUUGUGCCUUUAUAUUUAAUAUAUAAUACCAUUAAAUGAUAUACUGUAAUAC